AUGCCUCCGAAAACAACGUGGAAAAAAGAUUAUUCAUCGAGUGAGAAAAUCGAAAUGGUCGGAAUGUACCAACUGUGGAUGUUGAAAGCUGAAGUUGGCGAAGCUAUUGCCGGUUCUCCAAGUUCCGAUGAACUCAUUCAUCAGGAGGAUCUUUUCCAAAUGCUGAAGGGAAAAUCAUUGAAUCCAAAAUGGAUCACAAGCAAAGAUUGUCUGGAGCGGAAGUUCGAAUGUGAUGACUUCUGUGUGCUGCCCGCCUUCAGAGGCAAAGUAUUUAGCCGUUUAAUUUCUUUAAAAUGCAGGGUAUACGGAGCGUUAGCAGUUAUAACAUGUCUGAAAAGAAAAGAACGUCUUCCAAAACGACACUCGUUUGUUUGGUCCACAACUCUCCAAGACUCCAUUGUGUGCUUUAGUGGAAUCGAAAUGAAAACACGGGAGCACCAAAUUUCGCUCGUAAAGAUGAUGGGUGGAACGAUUUCUAAAGCUUUUACAAAAAAAGUCACUCAUUUAGUUGCUGAUUCUCAAGACACAGAAUCCAAAAAAUUUGUUACUGCUGUAGACUACGCAAUUCCAGUAAUGUCGGUCAGCUGGAUAUUUGCUGCAUGGAAAAGUGCAAAAGCAUUUAGUGAAGCAAAAUAUACGGAUGAACAAUAUAUCAGCGAACACAAGCUUCAAAUUUUUGUUAAAUGUGUUAUAAGCUGCUCAGGUAUAGCUCCUCAAGAUCGUUCAACACUUUCACGCCUUAUUGAAGCAAAUGGCGGUGUCUAUACAGGAAAUAUGAAAAAAAAUCAUUGCACUCAUUUGGUAACUGAUUUAAAUUCGGGUGAGAAAUAUAAAGUGGCUCGAAAAUGGGGCUGGAAUCAAAUCAGAAUCGUUCGUUUGCGAUGGGUUAGAAAAAGUGUGGAACAGGGAUAUCGUCUUCCUGAAAGGCUUUAUGAAACCAGAAUCAAUUCUGAUGAAUGUAGUACACCACGAGCUUCACAACUUACUCAGUUUCAGCCAUUUACAAAUCUAGAAAUUAGUGUCAUUAAUUGCUCAGCUCAUCAGCAACAAACUGCGAUGAAAAACAAAAAGCUUGCAAUAAAAAAAUCAGAAGAUAAACUGUACACAGAAUUGGUUGUAGAUAAUAGACCAGUGUCAGGCGCUAUUCCACAGAUGCACAUAGUGAAAAGUGAAAGUACUGCGACAGACAUAAAUAAAUCAACCGUCAUCGAAAGUGAUUCGUUGAAAGUGAAACCAUCGCAGCGAACGACAGUGGAAAUGGAUCCUAUUGUACUCUUCGAUUUAGAUGCUCUUCGCUUCAAUGAUUUCAUGAGUAAUUGUAUCAUCUAUUUGUGUGGAAUAGAGGAUGAAAACUUUAAAAAAUACAAAUGGCUUACUAAUAGAGUUGGAUCGGGUCGACGUGACAAGCUUGUAUAUACUGAUACUACUCAUGUGGUGGUUGGUCCACAAAGACUGGACUGGAAGUUGAUUAAGCAGCUCAAGGAAAAAGCACGCAGUAAUGUGAAAGUAGUCAUAUGUGAAUGGUUGUUGGAUUGUGCCAAAGCGCAAAUAGUUUUGGAUGAAUCAGACUACUUGAUUUUCAAACAAGAAAAAAGCAAUUUUGAGCUUUCACAGCAUAAAUUAAGUUUAGCGAAUACGAAAGGACUCGAUUACAGCGAUGAAGCGAGAAAGAAAACUACAUUGAAAAUCACUGAAGUAGGAACUAAGCUGUUAGGUAAAACAGCUGGAAUGUUAGCGAAUGCUGAACUGGAUUAUGAUGAAAUUAUUUGCGAAAGACCAGUAAGCAGUGAUGAUGAAGCUGGCGAAGAUAGCCGUUAUUUGUUCGCUGGAUUGUCAUUUCGCAUCGUUGUUAAGAAAGAAGAAAUUCGAGAUAAACUGUUUUCUAAUAUCCAAAGUCAUGGAGGCAAGGUAGAGCAAACAACAAAAAUUUGGGUUGAUUAUAUGGUAUGUGAAGUGCUGGAUUGUCUGCUCAAUGACAGUGCAACAAAUUUCAAUUGCGGUAAUGUUGUUUCGUCGUUUUGGCUGCAAGAGUGUAUUAAAAAAGAUGCAAUAAUGAAUGCUGAAAAACAUCCACUUUAUCGACCCAUCGAAACAUAUGAAACUUAUCAGAUUUUCGCUGGGCACGUUAUUGGUUUGAGUACGUUGCCCGAAGCUGAGAAGGAUAUUUUCACUGAUGUUCUGUACAAAUUUGGUGCUCACGUGAAAAUUCACUUGGGAUACGAUAUGCAAUUAAAUAUCUGUACAGAGAUAAUAACCGGUGCUGAAACAAAUCUUACUGAUUCUGCACGUCGAAGGCAAAUACCUGUCUUGGAUCCGUCCUGGAUCAUCGAAUCGAUCAUUCAGAACCAACUACAACCAGUGCAGGCACAUUUAUUUCACGACCAGCCAUUCAAGAAUUACAUGCGGAAUGAUCGAUUGUGGAUGCACACUAUGCAGCGAAAACCAAGCGGUGAUAGAUCAAAUACGCUGGAUGGAAUAACUAAUGAUAAUGAGCUGCCUAUUAAGAAAGCUUUAAACGAAAACGAAAAGGAAGCAAGUCCACAGUAUCGUGAAACGGAUGUACUGCAAUACAAUUCAAUCCAAAAUACAGAAAAUACUGGAAAAAUUGAGGACCGAAUGCUGGAAAUAUUAAAGUCGAAUGUGCUUGAUGAUGAAAAUCAGUAUGCCGAGAAAAAUUUUCAAGAGCAGACAAGUAGCAAUUUGGCAGCGGUUUUGGAUCUUGCCGAUGCAUUUGCAUAUGUCGAUGGGAUAAAUACUCAAAGCACACUGGGUACUUCACCAGAUGGGGAAACUUGGAAUGAUGCAGCAGUAGGCUGCGCGCUCGGUGAAGCAGUGGUUAAAACCGGUCAGGCAGGUGAAGCUUCCUGGACAUCACCCAUCAU